CGCCAACAAAAUCUUUUAUAAAGUGUUGUUAAUUGGUGAAAGUUUGGUAAAAAAAAGUUCGAGAAACCUUGCUUUAAAUGGGUUAAACAUUUUUCUGCAUGUUUAUGGAUUGAAUGAGAAUGAAAUAUCUACUUUAUAUUCACAUGGUUGUUUUCCAACAAUUUACACUUUCCAACUUUUCUCUCUAGCUUUUCCCAGAAACACAGAUCGUUUAAUAAUUUGUACGAUCAGGAAGCACAAAACUAUUUCAGUUUGUUGUUAUGUUACCUAUUGCUUUAACUACUUCCUCUAUGAGCUGGAAUUUGGCACAAAUUUUGCUCAUUUUACAAAAUUCACUAUAGCUUUCUAACAUUACAAACCGCACUAAGGUUUAUUUGUAAUAGAAACCAGAAUUUAGGAUGUUUUAUGUCAAACUUGUCUUCAUUUUUUCCUUUCUUUGGUUCGUACACGGCCAAAAUGAGGUUCAUAAAUUUGUCUUUUCAGAGACAGAUGAGAGCAUUGAAAAUACAGAACUGCGAAAUGUAAUUCAAAGUGAAUUGCAAAAUGAAAUUCUUGACUUGUGUGAAAGGGAACGGAGAAAUAUUGUUGAAGUGCAGCAGAUGCUUCAGCUUUUAAAAAACAAAUAUUUGAAACAAUUUCAAGAUUUGUACCAAAACCUCACAUUGGUUGAAGCUGACAUAGAGAUUGAUUGUAAUAUCACAAGGAAUGAAUUAUGGGAAAACUGCAGGGAAGAUUUUAAUCAGUUGUGUUCUGGAGAAACAGAAUAUUUAAACAGAAAGUCAAAUGGAACUGUUUCAAUUUUAACGCAAUUGCUUCGAAAUUUAGCAAUAAAGACGAGUAUAUUUAGCAGAAAAAGCUACAAUGUGCCGGAUACCAGUGUGGGAUUCCCACCUGCUGGAUUUGGGAUGUUUCUAAGCCCGAGGUUCCAAAAGUUAUGGAAUAAACUGAAGAGACAAUCUUUAGGGUAUACACAGUUUUUUGACAACAACCUUCGGAAAUUGUCGAGACUCCAACAAAAACUGGAAAUUCUUUUAAGCAGAAGAGAAGAAAGAAAUAACCAAACCAACCAGAUUGAUAAUAAUGGCCCAUCUCUUGCAAACAGAACCAACUGGUUUCAAAGGUUCUUAGCAAGACAAGAUCUUCACCUUCGAAGAAAGAAACGACAAUCCAGUUCUUACCGAACUUAUUCGUCCUCAUGGAUAAAUUACAAUCCUUUUAAUGGAAGCCAAACAACCCUUAAUAAGUUUUUCGCAACUCUUAACGACAACAGCGUCGCAAGGAAUUUUACGAAUAAAACUCACUGGUUGGAAUAUAUGAGGAACAGAACUAAUGCACAGCAAAUGUUGGGUUCUCCCAUAAUGUUGCAACCCAUUGGUGAAACAGAAGGCAACGGAAGCCUAGAAAGAAACACUUUUCCGGAAGUUCCCCCUUUGUUUUUUCCUUCCCAACAAAGACGACCACUGCCAGUAGAAGAAACUACUGUAUUUUCAGCCACUGUAACAGACGGGAGUGGAACUCAUCACUUUACGUCUAAGCAAGAUUAUCACGACUACCUUCGCAACAACGGGUGGCAACAAUCAGCAAUGAGAAUUAAAAACACGAGAAGACACAGAAUCCAUGGAUGGCCAUAUUUUAUACCAUUCAGUGAAACCAUGGGUCAGUCUCAAUCAUCAUAUUCCCAACAACAACAAACCAUGUAUCCAGCUUUCCCAUCUUUCCCAGCUAUCCCAUCUUUCCCCCUAAACCCACUACCAACCCCCCCUACAUACAAACCACCACAAGUUCAGCCAAUUCCUGACCCGCCUGUAGCGCCUGUUCAAGUACAACCUGCUCCUAUAUUCCAACCUUGGAGAGAUGUAACCAGAAAAGAACGCAACAGAAACAAAUUCUUCCCGACAUACUUCUACCCACCAGUGUUGCCAGACCAAAUAUUGCCCAACCCAGUGUUGCCAGACCCAGUGUUGCCAGACCCAGUGUUGCCAAACCCAGUGUUGCCAGACCCAGUGUUGCCAGAAUAUCAACAUGUUUACAGCAGUUUCCAUGCCCAACCAAUAAGAUAUCAAUUUCCCUCAUUUACUGCUUUCCCAACAUUGCCCAACAAACCAUAUUGGAUGAGCAGAAUGGGAAGAAGACAUAGAAGAGCAUCUUCGCUGAUAGAUAAAUGCCUUGAUAUUUUAUGGAGGACACGUACCUGCAACCGCUAUAUACACCAAGAUUGUACAGCAGUGAGGGAAAACAUGCAAAAUUACAAGAAAAAAUUGUUUUUACUUCUGCGUCUUGAUACAACAUUAAAGAAAAUUGAAAAUGCAAUGAUAGGAAUCAAAUCUCAGUUUAAUUGGAUCAAUCGUGUCAAUGUUGAUGUCCCUGUUGUGGAAUUGACAUAUCUUGCAUUGCAACCUGGUCGAUACGCCGCCAGCUUCAGAUUGUUUGGAGACCGGAUUUAUCCUCAGGAAACAGACCAAUUCAGUUCAUUGUUAACAGAUGUAGGAAGCGACGCAUUCAAUCUUUACAAAUACUCAAUUUAAAGUUAGGAUCUUUUUGAGUUUGUGCUGCACCAAACACUUAAAGUGUUCAAUAACUAAACUGAACUAAACUUUAAGAACCACAGCUCUUUUGAAGUAUGAAAAUAGAAAUAUAUAAUUCUGUAAAUAGUUACCACCAAAUAGAGUUAGAAAAUUGAAACCUGGACCAUCUUUCCUCAAACUAUUAUAUCUUCCAAUUUAUGAAAUUACAUGGCACUAAAUGCUGUGGUAUCCUAAAAUUUCCAUAGCAAAUGCCACCGGCCUGUACCAUGUAAAUAAGUUGUGUCAAACCAAGGGCUAAUUUGUGACAAUUGCUAUUUCUCCAGGUCUGUAUUUCUACUUUAAGUUAAACCUUUCAGGAACUUUGUGUUUUUUGAAGCAUGCUUUGAACGUUUUAAUGAAAUCUGUAUAUAUGUACACAAAUACACAACAAUGCCGCAUGCGUGUUGGAUCACUGAAGUUAUUGCUGGUUAUUAUUAAUUGCUUGCCGAUAACAUUUUGCACUGUUAGUAUUUUAAGUGAAAAUAUGCACAAAACUGGAUUUAAUGAUGUAAACCUAUUUGAUAUACCACGUUUGCUGUUUAAAUUACAUUCAAUAUGCAUAGGCACUGGAAAAUAUAACGGUAAGCCUACAUUUUAAUGCAGCACAGUGUGUUGUUAUGCAUAGUGUAUUGGCCACAUA